AUGCUGAUACUAGCCCGUAGAUUUAAAUCCGUGGACUGUCGAUCUUUUCUAGAUCAUGCCAGGACUAAUAAUAAAAGUAUGCAGACUACAGUAGCAUUAGGGUCACUUUAUGAAAUUCUAGCUAAGGAAAUCAUGACGAAUAAACUUGAUAUGCGUGAUAUGGAAUGCUGUGGAGGCACUGGAGAUGAGGGUCUAGACAUCUUUGGUAAGUGGAACUUGGAAGCUUAUUUCAAAAGUAAUAAUAAGAGUAGGCAAGAGUAUGAACCAAAAGACUUGAUACUGAAGAGAAUGCAUGAAAAAUUGGUUAGGCCCAUUUUGAAAAACUCAGUAGAAUUCAAAGAAACUUUUCAGCUUCCAGUAAAAACAUCUUCGAAAUCUUUAACCAACGGUGGAAAUGUGUUGGUUCAAUGCAAAAAUACAAAGUCUCCAAUCAGUGCAAAAGUCAUUCGUGAACUAGCUGGUAUAUACUUCUUCCACGUAAGAACUCAAGAAGAUAGUAAGAACACAUUCAUGUUUUUAGUGGCUGCGAAAAAGUUAACAAAGCAAGCCAGGGUCCAAUUCGAUACAGCAAACUUCCCUCUAGUUUUUUGUCGAAUAUCUCCAUUGAAAGUGCAGAGUAUCAUGCAAGAUCCAUAUGAUAUAAAGAGUUGGACUGGAGGUAAGCUAAAGGAGUUUUACUGUAAUUCGUAUUCCAACCAAUUACUAAGAGGUUUAGACGUAGAAGUCCAAGUUAACGAAAUGAUUAAGAGGGAAGAAUAA